AUGAAGUCUUCUGGGAGGCUAUUGACGGGUGGACUGUUACGCUGUGUUACUCGAGGGUAUCUGCCAGAGACGGUGUUGUCGGGUGGUGUUCGUAGCAACAGUAGUGGUACCGCUGGUGCUUUAUUACAGACGAAGUUCAGUACUGCUGAAGAAAAAAGAAUAUUUGAGAAGAUACGAGAAGAGUUGUCACCAUCUAUGCUGAAAGUGAACGAUAUUUCUGGCGGGUGUGGUUCUAUGUACUCGAUCAGAGUGAAGACAACAAGGUUUAACGAUUUGACUACGAUCAAACAGCACAAGUUGAUGAAUGAAAUUCUCAAAGAUGAUAUCCAAAAAUGGCAUGGACUUCAAUUGCAAACAAUGAAAGAUAAGUGA